ACACCCAUUCAUACAUUAUGGACACUUUGGACAUACCAGUCAGCCUACACUGCAUGUCUUUGGACUGGGGGAGGAAACCGGAGUACCCUGAGGAAACCCAUGCAUAUAUAUGCUAUAAUUCUGUAUACAUUCUUAUACAAUGAAAGAGGUACAAUUCCUUACCACGUUGGUCAUUUCACAUUAUUUUGAUUUUGGUUUUGUACUCGUUUGAAAAGUUGGAAUAUUUUAUUAUGAAAGAAAGCAAAGGGUGUCUGUGCUACUUCCGGUUGCUCGUUGUAGCUGCGGUUCCUUCUGUUAUGUAGCGCAGCUAAAACAACCCAAACGUUCGAUGUGUUUUACUAAACAAAGCAACACUUAACCUUUAUUGUUUCAUCAAAUUGUCAAGGUCACAUUCUCCCUGGAAUAUGGGGGACAAGGCCGGCACCCGUGUAUUCAAGAAGUCCAGUCCGAAUUGCAAGAUUACAGUAUACUUAGGGAAAAGGGAUUUCGUGGAUCAUUUAGAUCAAGUGGAUCCUGUAGAUGGAGUCAUACUGGUAGACCCUGAAUAUCUCAAAGACAGAAAAGUGUUUGUGACGUUAACCUGUGCCUUCCGUUAUGGACGGGAGGACCUGGACGUUCUCGGACUUUCCUUCCGGAAAGAUCUUUACAUAUCCACGUUUCAAGCCUUCCCACCUAUAGUGGAGGAGCGCAAGCCCAACAGUCGUCUUCAGGAGAGACUCCUGAAGAAACUGGGCCAGCAGGCUCAUCCUUUUCACUUUACUAUUCCUCAAAACUUGCCGUGUUCAGUUACCCUGCAGCCCGGUCCUGAGGACACUGGAAAGGCCUGUGGGGUAGAUUAUGAGAUAAGAGCUUUCUGUGCCAGGUCUGUGGAGGAGAAGAUUCAUAAACGAAAUUCUGUCCGAUUAGUGAUUCGUAAAGUGCAGUAUGCUCCCGAGAAGCCGGGUCCUCAGCCGAUGGUGGAGACAACACGGAGCUUCCUGAUGUCUGACCGCUCGCUGCAUCUAGAGGCAUCUCUAGAUAAAGAGCUGUAUUACCACGGGGAGCCCAUCAGUGUGAACGUUCAUGUCACCAACAACUCAACCAAGACUGUCAAACGAGUCAAAAUAUCAGUGCGGCAGUACGCUGACAUUUGUCUGUUCAGCACAGCUCAGUACAAAUGUCCAGUGGCGCAGCUUGAAGCAGAUGACCAGGUAUCGUCCAGCUCCACGUUCUGUAAGGUGUACACGCUCACUCCCACCCUGAACAAUAACCGAGAGAAGCGAGGGCUGGCUCUGGAUGGCAAGCUCAAACAUGAAGAUACCAACCUGGCCUCCAGCACCAUUGUUAAAGAUGGAUGUAAUAAGGAGGUUCUCGGAGUUCUGGUGUCCUAUCGAGUCAAAGUUAAGCUGGUCGUCUCCCGUGGAGGACUUUUAAGCAGCUUACUGGAGAGAGACGUCUCGGUCGAGCUGCCGUUUGUCUUAAUGCAUCCUAAACCCAUAGAUGUUCCCACUUCUCGACCAGCCUCAGCUGUACCAGAGGCAGACCCUCCUAUCGACACCAACCUCAUAGAGUUUGACACAAAUAGCUUCACCCAGGACGACGACCUGGUGUUUGAAGAUUUUGCUCGUCUGCGGUUAAAAGGGACCACUGACGACAAGGACGAGGACUGCUGAGCCUUCUUUCCUUCUGUCCUCCCUCCCUUUUCCACCCACACAGCCCAGAAACUUACAGCAUGAAGUAAAAUCACCGACUAAUUUACUCAAAAUGAACAGUCUUUCAUAACGGAUCUCCUUCCUGGUCGUCUUAUCGUUCCUUUUGAUGAUGCAGUGUUUUGUCAACAUUUGGAAAAUACUAAAAGGAUCGUUUAAGGAAAGGUGCUGUAGUUUAAAGAGUAUUGAACAAAGAAAGAGAGAGAAUUAACCACCUUUUCUUAUGAAUAAAUAAUGAGCUCGUGUGAUUCUUGUGCCAAACAUCGAUGUAGGAAAUCUAGAUGCCGCACUACAUGGAUUCGUCAGCGAUUGCAAUCUAGAGAGAACUGCAGGUCUGUGUUCAUUCUCAAUAAAUUAGCUCCGUUACAGACGUCAUACGUUUCUUCACGCUGCAGGUAACAUAAGUAUACCUGCUCUGCCGAUUCAUUCGAUUAAGCCUAACUGCUGAGAAACUUCUGCAAAGCAGAGGGAUGUCUGCUAAUAUGCAUUUGGACAGAAAUAUUCAUAAUGCAUGAUAAGACGGGUCAGAAUUGAGCAAGCGUUUUAUUAGUAUCGAUGCAUUUAUAUCUAUUUCACAACGAUGAAAACAUGAAUCCAGGAACAGGAUGACCAAAAUACACAAAGUAUAAGCUUCAUGUAGACAUGGCUUAACAAACAUGUUCAUCACAGGGUAGCACAGUGGCGCAGAGGGUAGCUCCAUGUCCAAUCCUGAGCUCGUGUUACAGUCUGGGUAGAGUUUUGCACGUUCUCUCCGUGCCUGCAUGGGUUUCCUCACACCUCCCAAAAAAUAUAGAGGUUUGAAUGUGUGUGUGCGCAUAGAAAGUAAGUAAGUUUUAUUUAUAACGCACAUUUAACACAGCGAAGCUGACCAAAGUGCUGAACAGAGUAAAGAAAAGUAAAAUAGAAAACAGAAUAAAACCAAAUAAAGACAGACAAUAGACAAUAGUAAAAAAUAAUUUUUUUUUUUUUUUUUGAUUAAAAUGCCUGGGAGAAGAGAGAUGUUUUCAGUCUCUUUUUAAAAGUGAUAAUUGAAGGUGCAAGGGGGAUGUUCAGUGGCAAUAGAUUCCAUAAGCGAGGGGCAGCAACUGAAAAAGCUCUAUGUGCAUGGUGCCCUGUGGCGUGUUCAGGGUGUGUUCCCGGGAUAGGCUCCAGAUCCACCACAGCCCUGACAGGAUAAAACC